GUUUACUCUUCACACUAACAGAGAGAUCAAAGGUGCGAAGGUGACAUGGAGGCGAGAUCCUGCACUAAAUCCCGAACUCCCAUGGCGUGUUGUUCAACGAGAGCCGCCUGAUACUAAUUGUUGUAAUUUCAUGGGGCAUUUCAACAUCUAAUUUGAAGUAAUUUUCACUAAAGUUCUGGGAAUUACAUAUACAGUUUAUAAGCAGUUAUCUGAUUCGCAAAUCUAGAAGCAAAACCUUUGAACUGAAUAAUUAUAUUCAUUUAAAGGAAUGUAAACAAAAGCUAACACGUUAUUCGUCAGUCUACCAAUGAACACACAAAUAAUAGCCUCUUUUUGAUGUAUUGGAAUCUAUCCUUUGUGUUCUACAGUCGAACUACUUAAAAUUUACCGACUUCAUGACUGAAUACAAAAUCCACCACAUUCCACGAAAUUUUGUGAAAAUAUUACCCCUCAGGGAACGCAGUUUGGCUCCGUAACCGUCGGCGCCGAGGAAAACGUUCCGGCCAUUUCGCGCGAGUCGCACGAAACACGUCGGCACAUGUCCCGUGGUGCGGCCGCGUGGUUCUCCUGACAACUAUGAAAUAUAAUCUUUCUUGCAGACAUCACCGUAAAACGAUACAACAUCUUCUUUGUAAUAUAACUACUUUGACCUCUUACCUGCUGGUUGAUGUAAUUCAUGAGGUAUGCGUAGUUCAUCAAGUGAAGCAUAUUUUAUGGAAAUUAUCGUGAAAUUGUCGGUAAAAACAGACCAGUUUUGUUUAGGAGAUAUUUUACAAAGACAUUCUGGUGUUACAUCACGGACUCCCCAGCAAGGACAAGGUCACUUCAGUCUAAAGACCUCGGAUUAGAUUCAUCAGCAAUUGGCCUUUCUAAAAUAGAUUAAGAGUGCAAUGAUGAUCAUGCUUUGGAUAAAAUCACAGGACACUUUUCUGUCCAAUGAAGUGAAGAAGUUCAUCAAAACAGUAACCCCAGACCUCACCCUGAUACCAAGUGGUGCUGAUUACAGCUGGAUUGAUCCUGACACUGGGAUAGCAUGGGAAAAGUUGGAGGAUGUUUUUGACAAUAUCAAAGAAGAAAGUGGAAGUAAGGCUUGGUUCUUUGAGGCUAUCAAGCAGGUACCUCCCUUAUUCAGGGAAUGUUACCAUAUGCUCCAGAAUGUGUAUCCUGCAUCAUAUGAUACUUUACUUAAACCAUUUCUAGAGUGGACACAUCAGGAAAAGGAUAUACAGCUGACCAUAAAGCAAAUUUCAAAGGAAAGCAGUUCUGGAGAUCACUUGGUUGCUCUCCUCACCAUCACAGCUCUUGUGGAGAGAGCUUUGGGGAAUGUAGUGCUACUCAAAUGUAAGCAAGUCCCAUUUCUUUUAAGAGACCUUCUAGCUACUCCUGAACUGGAAGAGUUGAUUGGAAAAGAAAAAGUCCAGCUGCUGAUAGUGAUGCUUGGCUCAGUGCUGGGCCUUAACCUUCGCAACAUUGCGUGGCAUGGAUUCUUGAGUCCUCAUGAAACAAGCCAAGCUUUUGUUGCAACAAUUCUCUUCAUUCUUGCUGACUGUGGAAGGAUGCUGAAAAAAACAAAAAUCAAGAAUAUCCCUUGCAGGCCACAUGCAACCUUUGAUGAGGCAUCAUGCCUUAGCAGCGUAUUUGAUAAUAUGAUCAUCCCCAGAAACGCUGUUUUGGAAGAGGUGAUAAUGAAUUCCAGUUUUGUUCCAACUGUCAUGUAUCCUGCUUGGAAAAAAGCCUUAGAACUUUUGGAAGAGGAACAAUGGGGUUUGUGUAUGACUCUUCUCCUUCCCUUGAUGGAAUGUUCCAUGAGGGGAAUGUUUGCUCAUGUUAACAAAGUGUCAGAGAGAAUGCUAACAGCAGAAAAUUCAACAUUAUACACCACUAUGGAUGAAAUACUUAAUGAAUAUGUGGAGAGCAGUACAACUUCUCAGACAGUGCAUGAAAAGGAUGGAAAAUAUGAGUUUUCUAGUUGUUCUGCCUGUGUUCACAAUUUGGGAAACAGAGAACACAGUGAGGUAACCAAAUGCACAUUAUCAACUGAUGGGAUAGUGCAUGCAGAUCAAGAAAAGAAAAGAGACUUAGAUACUUUAGAGAAAAAGAAUCGGGUUCAAUAUACCAUAGGUACAAAACUAAAUGAAGCUCUACAUGACCUACUGAACUUUAUCCAAGGCCCACGUAUCAGGGACAGAGUGAGUCAUGGAGAGGCCAAGCUACAAGAAAUCCCAGCAUUUAUUACAUGCCACAUUUUAUAUCUUAACCUUCUGGUACUCUCUUCAUGGGGUCCAAAUAUGGAUGAAGAUCCCAAUGGUACUACUAAUAAAAUGAAAUGUAUGAACUUGAAGGGUCUAAGGGAGGAAUAUGUAUUGAAUGGUGAAUUGGAAGGAAAAAUCUUGGAAACUACAAGUGAUACAAACUGCCUUGGACAUUGUCCUCCUCCCUCUGAUGAAGCAUGUUCCCAGGAUAAAAAAUUUGCUAAUGACUCCAGUAAUCUAUCAGAACAUGGAAAAGAAGUUGUUGGUAAACUGAGGAGAAAUAUAAAUGAUUACAAGUGUGUUUUCCAUCCAAGUGCCCUAUUGCACAGGAGGCUUAUUCAUGCUGGGUCAUGUAUCUCAAACUGGAUACAUUGGGAUAGGGUAGAUUCUUUAGAACUUGAUUAUCCAGAGUGGGAAUCCUGGGAUAAGAUACAGUUACCUGGAGCAAUAUCAUACCCACCUUUGGAUAUUUCUCACAAUGUGUGCAGCCUUCAUAACAUGGAAGAUUUUCUUGUUUUAGUAAAAGACAUCCAGUAUAAAGUUUUGUAUAGACCCAAACAAGAGAUUGAAUUAAUAUCUAUUUUGCAAAGAAUUACAGUAUGCAUUUUAGCAACUCUUGAAAAAAAUCAUGAGAAUAUAACCUUGAAAUAUUCACAAUAUAUUACUAAAAGAUUAAGGUCCAGACAGAGAGAGACAUACAGAAGACAACUAAUUGCCGUUCCAGUAAUUGUUUCAAGUUGUUAUCUUACAUGUCAAGUGAUUUACUUAAUCUUCUUGGCCAUUAACAAAUCUGGAGACUUAAGUCAGUCUUCCUUUACCAGUCUAAUGAGAGUGCUAAAACCUGUGCUGAAAGUCACUGAGAAUUUAGUAACUCAAACCAGCUUGAGUGUAAAUCGCUGGGAUGAAGCAUCAUCUUUAUCUAUUAAUAAUAUUGAUCAUAUAAGAAAGGAAUUUAGUCAUAGACAAGGGUGAGUCAUUGGCUUUGUGUCAGUUCAGAAUUUCCAGCAAAUAUUUGCUGAUAAAUAAGAGAAUCUACAUUAUUCUUGAAAUAAACAAUAUUUCAU